AUGGCUAUGCCGACGGUAAAUGGUGGCUCGCCAGCCCACCUACCAGCCGAAAUGUUCAGAUUCGUCUUUCAACAUGCUACUCCAUCUGAAAGUGGUGCCCGGCUUGGGCAGAUGGCUUUGCAACAAAAGCAUCACAUCAAAACACCUCAUUACUUAGUCUCAACAUCACGAGGAGCGGUGCCUCACCUAUCUCCGGAUAACCUGAUCAGACAUACGCGAAUUUCCGCGGUAUAUCUCGCUUUGGAAGACUUCAUUGAGAAGUCAUCAACGAAAUCACCCAUCUACAGCACCCCAAUCAAACCUGGCGAGUCUCGUUUACGGCAGUAUGCCGGCCUCCCCGACCAAAUCUUCUCCAUUCUAGGACCUCGUAGGGUUCCCAGUAUUCCAACGCCUGCCCAUAAUACAAACUCGUCGAUUGCGAUCUCGACAUCUGUAGGAUUUCGUUUCCUCGAAGCCAAGCACUACGAUGAGGCCCUGGAGGCUCUCCGGGCGGACCUUUCGAUGAGUCUCGCCGAUGUGAUCUCGAACGAUGUUGCAAGUGUGAAGCGAAUCGAAAAGAGCGUGGAUCGGACGCACGCAUGGCUUCGGGAUACAGUUGAAACCGAGGGAGCGCAGAGAACAUCACCAUUAUUCGCAUCGAUCCCUCCCCUAGAACCAGAAAGGCUGCAAUUCUAUUUAUCAGAUAUAGAGGAUGACUUCCGAUCACAGAUCUCAGGAUUAGCAGUGUAUGCCCCAGCCACAACUGUGGGAUUUUCACAAUCACUCCGACAACUACCAGUCAUCUGUCUGAGCGAUCCAUCCACACCACGAGCUGUGCUCUCAGCCAUCCACACAGGCAUUGACAUGAUCACCGUGCCAUUUGUGACACGAGCGUCCGAGCACGGCAUUGCCCUGUCUUUCUCAUUUCCCGGCCCUCCAGAUUCCUCGAACCAGCCACUGGGCAUCGACUUCUGGUCCUCGGGCCACGAGACAGAUCUGUCUCCCCUGAGCCCUGGAUGUAAAUGCUACGCGUGCCAGCGCCAUCAUCGCGCAUACCUACACCAUCUCCUCCAAGCGAACGAGAUGGUUGCGUGGACACUUCUUCAGAUUCACAACUUCGCCAUCAUUGAUUUGUUUUUCGAUGGUAUCCGACAGAGUAUUGAGCGCGGAACGUUCGAAGAGGACAUCAAAACUUUUGAACGCGCUUAUGAAUCUGAAUUACCGGAUCAGACUGGUCAAGGACCCAGAAUCCGGGGUUACCAGGCUAAAAGUAUCGGUGGAGGGGAGCCUAGACGUAAUCCAAGAGCAUAUGGAAAACUGGAUGAUCAGGUCCAAAAAUUGGCCGAGGCCGAGUCUGGAGUUGCAACUCCCGAGGGCGAUGCGAUGGAGAUUGAGGAGCACGGUCUGGCAAAGAGAGUUGAUGAGAAAUGA